AUGCUUCGAAACAGUUUACUCCUGCGGUAUGUUGGUCUGCAUCGAAGCAUAGGACGCUUAUACUGUGUGACCGCUGGGAAGGAAUUACAGCCGGCUGAUGGCUCGUCCUACUUUGGUCUGCUCAAAUCGGCCACCGACGCAAAGGAGGUGUUGGAAUUUAUUCCCACAAUCAGUCGAACGAAACAGGACCGGCACGUGUACACCCUGCCCGCACUGAAAACGUUAUUUGAGCUGCAGAAAAAUGGCAAAAGUACGCUACGUUCCGACCAGAUCGUCAAGCAUCCACGGUUUGCGGAACUGUGCCAACACGUUCGCCUCGAAUCGCGCACCUUUGCCAUGAACGAUCUUACGGAGUGUUUGAAAAUUCUAACCUUUCUCGGGGUGCAUACAAACAGCGAGAUCAUGACGGUGCUGCUGCAGCUAAUACGGCACCAAAUCAAUGAUGUAACGUUGGAUCAUAUAGUAUUCUUAAGCUUCAUACUGAGAAAGCUCGAUCGAACACCGCUCAUCGAAGCGCUCCAAAUUGCGCUACCGAUGCUACUUCAGAUACAGAUCGGCUACAAGCUGGACUAUGAAAAUGUGCAACAACUGGUGGAGCUACUUGAGUUCGUGUCAAAGCACAAAGUAAACGACCGGACAGUGAUGAAUAUAGUUAGUGCACUGACCCUGCACGGGACGAACCUUUCGCCGGAACAGGCUAUGAACGCUUUAAAAGCAUUGGCCGGGUUCCAUACCUUCCUGCCACAGCACGAAAAACUACUGCAGAAUGUGUUCGCCGUACUAGAACGAGAUUUGGACCAGCUGCCAUUCAAAAUGAUCGACUACGUGCUGAAAAAGGUUCUAGACAAAAAUCUGGAACACUAUCCCAUGUUCUACUACGAACCGUUUCUGAAGCGAUGUGCUCAGUACCCCAUCGAUCACAACGUUGGACUGUUGAGUGCGCUUUAUGUGUUGAAAAAGUUGAACAAAAUAUCGUUUCUACACAUCCCACUAUUGGAUUACGUCGCCUCGCAAGCUGAUAAGCUUUCGCUCGUGCCAACGUCCGGCAUCAUCACGAUCGUGGCAGGUUUCUCCAACGCCAAUUAUCGACCGAACAAUUGGGCAAAAAUAAAGAAGGAAAUUGCUCGGAAUACCACUAUUACGAACGGGACGAUACCCUGGAUACGUUACAAUCUGGAGCUACUUUCGCUGGACAUCUUCAAUCCUCAGCUACUGGCACACUGGCUAGACCCUAAGACGCUUGAUGCUAACAUGGCACGGAACGUGCUAGUCGACCAUCUGCAGCUAACUGAGCUGGGUCAAACGUUACGGUUACUGUACAGCCAACAGUAUCAAGGUCCUUACCCGGCCAAGCAGUACGUGGAGAAAUCGGUGAUGCUGAUGUUGCAAAACAAUGACCAUCCAUUGCUGAAACCGCUGGAGGUUGCAUUCGGCGGCGGGGAGUAUGUCAGCACGCAAGUCGUUACCGAGCAGGGUCACGUCCUUGACCAUCUGAUCGUCUUCGAUGCGGUCACCGGUAACCCGGUCAAGGUGCGGUGUCCAUCCGAGGAAGGUUCUCCACUACGACUGGAAGACAUAAGACAACCGGAACACAAACUUGUUGCGGUUUUGUAUCUACCGAAGAGCUGUUAUGCUAUUAACGUGAAUAGAUUACGAGGCCGAUUUGCGCUGUAUAUGAAGACUAUACAGGCACUCGGUAUUCCUACGGUGGCUGUAUCGCCUGUAAUAUGGAGUAAUUUACCGGAGUCAGAGCGAAUACCCUUCCUGCAGCGUGAGGCACGUGAAGCAUUACGACAAACGAUUUAGUGCAAACGAA